GGAGGGACUUGGUGGUGACACUAAGGGAACGCGGCGAGGUGUGCGUGACGUCACUCUCGGGCGACGAGAGUCUCUUCCUGUGGCUGCUGCUGGCCGCUAUGAGUGGGGAUGAGGAAUUGAAUCUUUUAGUCAUCGUAGUUGACACAAAUCCUAUCUGGUGGGGAAAGCAGGCAUUGGGUGGAUCAGAGUUUACAUUAACAAAAUGCCUCGACGCAGCUAUGGUGUUGGGAAACUCACACUUAUUUAUGAACCGCAAGAACAAACUUGCUGUUAUUGCCAGUCAUAUACAAGAAAGCCGUUUCCUGUACCCUGGAAAGCACUGGACAGCUGCUGAUCUCUUUGGAGAGGCCGGAGAAUCGAAUAUUUCUGGCAGCAAAGAUGGAAAGUACGAGUUACUAACAACCAUAAAUGAAACCAUUGCGGAGGAAGUCAAGGACCUCAUGACCCAAACUGAAAUACGGGCUCAACAGACUGAAACGUUACUGGCAGGCUCUCUUGCCAAAGCACUUUGUUAUAUUCACAGGAUGAUGAAAGAGGGAAAAGUCAGCCAGGAAAUUAAGUCCCGGAUCUUGGUCAUAAAAGCUGCUGAAGACAGUGCUCUGCAGUAUAUGAACUUUAUGAAUGUGAUCUUUGCAGCCCAGAAGCAGAAUAUUCUGAUUGAUGCCUGUGUUUUGGACUCCGAUUCAGGACUCUUGCAGCAGGCUUGUGAUAUUACUGGCGGUAUCUACUUGAAAGUCCCUUACAUGCCGUCUCUCUUGCAGUAUUUGCUGUGCGUCUAUCUGCCUGACCAAGAACAACGAUCCCAGCUGAUCCUUCCACCCCCUGUCCACGUCGACUACCGGGCUGCUUGCUUCUGCCACCGAAAUCUCAUUGAAAUUGGUUACGUCUGCUCUGUGUGUCUGUCAAUCUUCUGCAGUUUCAGCCCAAUUUGCACCACUUGCGAGACUGCCUUCAAGAUCUCACUGCCGGCCGUCAUGAAGGCGAAGAAAAAGAAACUGAAAUUAGCUGUGUAACAGUGUUCUCGAUGCCCGCUGCCUUCUGCAUGCAAUUCCACAAGACAGAUUGUAGCUGUAAAGCUGUGUAUGGGUGGGGAUUAUAGGGUGCCGUGAAAGAGAGACGGGUAUUGAAAGAGACGCACAGACAGAGGGGCGAAGUCAUUCAGGACAAGUGUGUGAGUUGAGUGCAGCCUGUUUGUUCAGUGGCAAAUUAGGAUGCUGGCUUCAUCACUUGUGCUUUGAAGUUGUAACAUUUAAGACAGGACUCUCUUGAACCAACAGCUUCAGCUUGUGGAAGCAUGCAUAAACACCGUCACCAAUGCAUAAACUCCCAGGGUGUGGUGUGAGACCUCUCAAAUAUAAUGUCUUUGGACCAACUCCACCAUUUGGAGUCCGUCUAAAUUAUGUCGAGUCUUAACCCUCCCUUUCCCAAAAGAAAGCCCAUUGAAUUCAGCAGAAUUCUAAUAUUUGGGGGGACUGUGAAUCCAAGAGCUCCAAGGCUGGUCCUGCAGAGAAACCGAGAAAACUGCCCACUUAUAAAGACUGCAGAUACAUUGGGCCCCAGGUCGCUCUGAGCUCAGCUUUUCAACAUGGUUAGCUGUCACUCUUGGACAUUUCCAUUUUUUAACCAUGGUAGCCAUGUCUGCUUCAGGUGUAUUUUAGACUCUUCUAAAUGCCGGAUCACCCAAGACUUGUGCUGGCACAAACAAAUUAAUGAAUCUUAUUUGGAUGGGGCAAGUCCCAGAUCUUUCCCAACCUUCAACCACCAUCACAAGCACCUUCAUUGCUUGAGCUGUUAAAAUCUGUCUUUCCCUUUUUGGAUGCAGUGAAAUAUCUACUUGUUUUCUAGCUAAGUGAAGGUUCUGGAAAAAAAACGGUUUUAAAAAUUCUGAUCUGAGACGUGGGGAAGAGUUCAGUCUUCCACUAGUUGGCAUAAUAGCAAGUUUUUAAAUGCUGUGUUUUGUCUCUCAUUCAGCCAGCCUCAAGGAAGGCUUAGGUAAGAAAUGCCUGGUGUGCAUUGAUUUCAGAACCUUGUGUUAGUUUGUGUAUCUCCAAAAAUGAUCAUUUGCCACAUUAUUUAAGUUGUGGAACAUAGACAGCCUCCAAAAAGCCAGCAUGCCACUUCUUCCAUCCGUUCAAAAACCAUUUUCCAUGUCCUUUCUUUUCUGAGCCUAAAUCUACGUUCCGUUUGGCAGCCCAGUGGGAAUUGUUACUUUCUCAAGACUGUAUAACUUAUUUUCCAAUGCAUUUUGUUUUCAUUCAGACCCGUGUGGCAGACUGAAUCUUUUACUGUUUGUUAGCCACCUGCCACUCUGUCUUAAACUUGUUUUGUAACCCUUCCCUUUAAUAAACUGUUCCUAAGAAGA